GUCACCAUUGGCGUUUCGAUGAGACCGAGGAGGAUGAAAAUAUCCACCAACUUGUGUCUCACCCUCUCCACCCCCUUCUCCACGAAUCUCCCUCCACCGCCGACACCGAUUUUCUGCAACUUCUGCAAAUUUUUAGUGGAGAACAUCAGUUGUUCAACGUCACCUAUUCGCGAAUAUUCUACUGGACGUACCGAGGGCAUUUGUUAUUGUCGUUUAGUUUAUUACUGUGGUUUGAGUCGGUGUGAAAAUGCGUUGACGAGUUUACUCGAGGGACUGGGUGAUGGCGAGGACCUCGGGACACGGCGUUUUUGCCAAUUCCAAGUUUCUUAUUCUUCUCAUCAUACUGAUAUAUGUGAUCAAUUAUGUGCAGAGUUUGGAGUUUCACGAGCUCCUUCCGGAGGAUCCGAAGCUCUACGACAAGAUGAGACCGCCGAAGAAGGACGGCCAGGCCACAGUCGUGUACUUCCAUGUGACCGUCAUGGGGCUCGACUCCAUCGAUGAAACUUCAAUGACCUACGCCGCGGACAUCUUCUUCGCUCAAACGUGGAAGGACAAUAGACUUAGACUUCCAGAGAACAUGACUUCUGAAUAUAGAUUAUUAGAAGUCGAUUGGUUGAAGCAGAUGUGGAGGCCCGAUUCCUUCUUCAAAAACGCAAAAUCCGUGACGUUCCAGACCAUGACGAUACCCAAUCACUAUCUCUGGCUGUACAAAGACAAAACAAUACUGUACAUGGUCAAACUCACAUUGAGAUUGUCCUGCGCCAUGAACUUUCUGAUAUACCCCCACGACACUCAGGAAUGUAAACUACAAAUGGAGAGUCUAUCGCACACGACGGACGAAAUGAUCUUCCAGUGGGAUCCCGAUGUGCCCCUUGUUGUUGAUGAAAAUAUUGAAUUACCGCAAUUGGCACUUGUUAAAAACUACACAGCUGACUGUACUCAGGUUUACUCCACAGGGAAUUUUACAUGUCUCGAGGUGAUUUUCGUGUUAAAACGACGACUGGGAUACUAUCUUUUUCACACAUAUGUGCCCACAUGUCUAAUCGUGAUAAUGUCAUGGGUAUCAUUCUGGAUAAAGCCAGAGGCAGCUCCAGCCCGAGUUACUCUCGGUGUCACAUCCCUCCUCACCCUCUCGACUCAACACGCGAAGAGCCAGGCGUCACUACCCCCUGUCUCCUACCUGAAAGCUGUGGACGCGUUCAUGUCAGUCUGUACGAUCUUCGUGUUCAUGGCACUGAUGGAGUACUGUCUAGUGAACAUUGUGCUGGGGGACUCAGAUGCCCCAGCAGCCUUCAAAAAACCAUCGAAGCAAACACCCCCCAAGGCGACAACCUCCACUGGUACUGGAGAUACUAAACUUGAUAAAAUUUUCGACAUCGCGACUAAGGAAAAUGCAAUGCUGUUAUCCGGACGCUCUCAGAAACCCGCGACAUUACCACCAACAGGUCCGACCCCAGCGCAGCGUGCAAGACUCCGGGCACUAAACAUUGAUCGCUUCUCUCGGGUAUUCUUUCCCUUCCUCUUCACCGCACUCAACGUCACCUACUGGAUAUGCUUCGCCGAGUACAUUUAAAGAGAUAAUUGCAGAAAAAGUGCGGAGAAAUCGUAUGGAUUUGGGAAACGAGCGUCUCGUCGCCGUCCGAUGUCCCUUCCUCACUGGCUUUACCUCCAAAGUCAUACGAAUUUUAAUGAAUUAUUUCUCCUCAAUUGAGGAACUUCUCGGAAAUCGCUAAUUCGAUAAUUUUGUUUACUCGAGGGAGUUGGGUAAUUAAUGAAGUUGCGGAUUAGGAUGAGUCAAUCACUGAAGUAAAUCAGCUUCUCGGAAAUAUCUUGGAGGUGAUGUGCCUCGUCAUCUCCAUCACGAUUAGUUGAGUUGAGGUUUCCAAAAUGGUGGAACAAUUAUUUUUCGCUUGAUUAGAUUGAAUAUUUAUUUCUAUUAAUAGAAAUAAAAAAAAUUAAUGGAAAAACCUAGCGCUUUCAUUUAAAUUGUAUUAAAAUACUCAAUUCCAUCGUUAAAUUUUCCAAUUGCUUAUUUCAAUUAUCAAUUAUUAUGAAUAUUACAUCAUUAAAUUUUUUAACGUAAAAUUUUCUACGUUUUUUCUGCAGUUUUCUUGGUUUGUCAUAACAAAAUUCAAAUUACAGAAUGUUAAAUGCCAAUAUUUGACCAGAAUCUAAUUUGCAUAUAAACAUCAGUAUUUAUAGAAUAUUUUCUAAAAAUCAAUUUCUAUUUCAUAGAAAAUGGUAAUUUCCCUUUGAUUCAGAUACAUUUGAAUUUUUGGAGUUGACUGGACUUGUCCUAUUCCCCGGCUGCACAUUCAAUUUUUUGCUUUUCAAAAGAUGAUACGACGUAGAAAUUUAGUACCACUGCAUUACCAGCAGUCGACCGAGUCUCCAUAAAUAAAAGAGAGAAGUAAUUUCGUUGCGUGUUGAAAUUAUUUAAAAUGUUAAUAUUUUUCAAUUUAAUACUAAAGUUAAAUCUCAAUGAAUAAUCAAAAUGUUAAAGUCCUAGAGACAUACCUAUAACACGUUAAAAUUGGAAAAUCGAUGAGAUAACUUGACGUUAUUUAAAGUUAUACAUUAUGUAAUUAUAAU